AGGAAAUGUUUUUGGAGGUACACAUGGAGGAGUAAUGUAGGAUGUGGGCAGCCUUCAGUGGAGAGGUGGGGGGGAAGCAUUUAGCUCCUUGUCAUGGUUGGACCUUAUCCAACUGAAGUGAACAAGGACAGCAGUGUGAUUUGAGGACCAUACCUAUUGAGCAGAGGAAUGGAAAUCAAGCGCAGGCCAGAUUACCAAUCUCUACGUCUGGAAUUGCUGAGACGAUGGAAGUCAAUUCUACAUCAUAUCUGUGGGGUCCAUCGCUGGGAAGAAGAUGGCAUGGAACACAAAUGCUACCACACUGAGCUGCCAGCGGAUGAGCAAAUAAAGAAGUGGUUGGCCGAAGAUUCCCCUGCCUACAAGGUCCUUUAUGAAGUGGUCAUGAAUACACGCCUACUGAAAGACCUGGAACAAAUGGCACUGUUCAAACACACUGGACAACUUGAGGUCUUCCAUAAUGCCCUUCUCAAAUACUGUCCCAAAAGAUUGCACUUUGAAUAUGCAUCCAUGCAAGCGCGAACAAUGUUGGCAGUCAUGGAUCAUAAUGAAAACCACAACACACAACGACAACAGGCAAAAACAGCGUCUGGCCUACAAAGACACAAUGUGGUUUUUCAAAAACAAUCCAAACAAUGGAUUGCCAGGCCUGUCUACCAGGAAACAACGCAGACUUUCAGGAACGACCUGAUGGAUGCAGUCAUUCAGAGAAGGCUGGAUCCAUCGGUGAAAUACCAGGACCCCGAAUCCCAUUCCAAAGUUCCCCGUUUGGCUGCUAACAUUGCCAGAGUUUCAAAACCCAGGAAGGAGGAUGUCAUUUCCGCACACACUUCAAGGUUCACAGGUCCAGACUCAUAAUGGUUAUGGUUAUAAAUAAAUAAAUGGUCACCCACCCCACCCACAUAGCAUCCCAUAGGCCUGUUUUUCAUUAUGUCACCACUGCCACAUAAAGUGCCUUUUUUGUUAUUAUUAUUGUUUUUGUUAUUGUUGUCCAGCAAUUUUAAAAUAAAUAGCUAUUUCUUAA